UCUUACAUGAAGCUGAAAACGAGGGAACAAUUUGACGGGUGAUAUCCGCGAGAUAUUCGAUGAACAAACUGUAACUCGCGUAAUUUCUUUCAUGCCGUAUAUUCGUAUUGUUGCGUUUAUUAACGAUACAAUAUAUUUAUCACAUUUGUCCGAUCGUGUUGAGGAAUCGAUAAUUCGUUAUCAUAGUGAGAUCGUUCAAGCGCCUCGAACUUGUAUACGAAUAAGAAAUGUUUUGCCAACGUAUUCUAUGCAGUGUUUGUACCAAUGAUGAUUCUUAUAAUGUUUCGCAAAUAAAUUUUAUACGAUAAAAAUUAGAAGGAAUAAUUAUUCGCGAGGUAUCGAAGAAUAGAGUAUCUGAAUAGAGUAACACUACGAUUUGAGAUGAAGACCGAGAAUGGUAAUUCAAGUCAAGUGAAUGCCGGGAUUGAGCAACGUUUAAGGAGUCCAAAGUGUGCUAGAUGUAGGAACCAUGGUGUGAUUUCCGGCUUGAAGGGUCAUAAGAGAUCAUGUGCAUGGAAGGACUGCCGUUGUCCUUGCUGUUUACUGGUGGUCGAGAGGCAACGGGUGAUGGCCGCUCAAGUUGCGCUUAGAAGACAACAGCAGGCUCAAGGAAAUUUUUUUGGUGAAAACGUUUCAACGGUUUGUCACACACCAAUUGAUCCAACCGGUUCACCAUAUUUAUUAAAAACCGAUCAACCACCGGUUUGUCGAAGGGGGAAGAACAUCCAACGUCAUCAACUGCAUUUUACACAGACCAGCAUCAGCGUGACCCAAGGAUUUUACGGGCUGAAGACGAUUCAUGGUUUACCUGCAGCAUUUACCGCAGACGCUCCAUUAUUAAAUGGUUUAUCACAAAAUCAAGAAUAUAAACAGGAAUCCGAAAAUUCCAAAAAGAUGCAGCCUUUCCCAAGUAUGUAUUCUACAAUUCCGUGGUUUGAACAAGUCACGGAACCUCGUAAUACGAAGAAAAGUUUUGAUAAUUUUACUUCUGCCAUGAACGAUCAUAACGAUAUUUCUGCAACUAAAAGUGGACCUUGCUUGGAGAAGAAAUCGACGAUUUCUUUUAGCGUAGAAUCUAUCAUUGGAACAAAGUGA